AUGAUGGUUGAGUCCAAGUCACAAAGAUCCCCCCGCGUUUGGCUUAUCACUGGUUGCAGUUCAGGCUUCGGCAAGACAUUUGUUCCUGCUAUAUUGGCGUGGGGUGAUCGCGUAAUUGCCACUGCGCGGGAUAUUAGUACCCUGUCUAAUUUCGCUCACUGUGACGAUGUCGAACUGUUGGAGCUUGAUAUCACAGACUCUCAACAUGUUUUGAAUGACAAGGUCUCGAAGGCUAUCGCCAUGUUUGGUCAGAUCGAUGUCCUCGUGAAUAAUGCAGGAUAUGUUCUUUCCGGUGUGUUGGAAGAACUAAGCCAAUCCCAAGUCCUUGAUCAAUUCAACACCAAUGUUUUUGGUCCUCUCAAUUUGACACGUGCCGUGUUACCGCACAUGCGAUCGCGUCAAUCGGGAACCAUAAUAUUCAUGAGUAGCAUAGCUGCUUGGAAAGGUGUUGCCAUUGGUGGACCUUACAGUGCUUCCAAAUUUGCACUUGAAGGAUUUGUUGAGAGUCUACACAAAGAGGUAGCCCCACUUGGAGUGAAUUUGCACCUGGCAGUCCUAGGUCAAUUCAGAACCGAUAUCCUUUCCGCCCAACGGAGACAGUCAGGACGAGGGGUCAAUUCAAUCCGGGACUAUGAUGCCGCUGUCGAUGCUUUCCAAAGUAGAUUGGAGCAAACAAAUGGCAGACAACCUGGAGACCCGACACAGGCGGUUGAGCGAAUCAUGGAUCUCGUGUAUCGCAGAGGACAUUUCGCCAGUCAGCAAGAACUGCCUUUGCGUAUUGUGCUCGGAUCGGAUGCUGUGGCGAUUGUUCGUGAUGAAUGCCAGCAAAUGUUAGACGAUCUAAAGAAGCAAGAGCAAUUUGGCACAAGUACGGACUAUACUGCUACCGGAGAAGUUCAAGAAUAUAAAUAG